AUGAGCUAUCGAGGUCGGAACCCACCACCCUUCAGAAGACAGGAUAACGGCACGAAUAUCAGAAACAAUACCACCGGGAGUCGAUUGCGGCCGGUUUCCGAUCCUCUCGAAGCUGUUGGUUUCCCCUCUAAGGGUGACAAGACGCUAUUAGACCACAAGGCCCAGAGAACAUACUACGACACCAUCGUCGACCGCUACAUGCGAUUUUGUUCUAGCCACUCGCAUGACCUUGAGGCAGCAUGGGCAUCUCUACCUGCCAGUGCAUCUGCAGAUGCAACCAAAAAUCCCCCAUCUAAUCUUCCUGCCCUUCCGAUUGGCAAGCCUUCGGCCAAACCCGCUCCUCGAGAUGACUCCGCAGAAGACCUUAUUGCGAAGACGGAAAGUCUGAGCCUAUCAGGAAAGCAGACUGCUGAGAAGCAACGUCCCCCGGCAGCUGAAUUAUCCACGUUGUUGAUGUCACUUCGCAAACUACGCGAGGGAAUCUUGGCAACGUCAUCUACUACUCCAGUAGCAUUUCAACAACAGAUACAUAUCUUCUCCAUCCGCUUCUCGAUACUAGCACGCCACCCACCGUCUUACUUUUCCUCCUUGCGUUACUUGCUGGAUAACUUGCACACAAAUUCUCAUCCGCUCUCGGUACAUGAUUUGACCGAUUUCACAUCCUACCUUAUUCUGGAUUAUGCGUGUCGUCAAAACUCGCUUGCCCCUGCCUAUACAUUGUUGGUCCAAGCCAGAGAGAAGCAUGGCUUCAAAUCUCCCGUUGUUGACCAAGUCCUUAAUGCCCUCACUCAUGACAAUUGGAUCUCAUUCUGGCGGAUCCAAAAAGAGGUAGAUGGUUAUGUCCGUGCAAUCAUGGGCUGGGCAACAGACCACAUGACGAAACAGGCGCUCAAGGCUGCUGGUCGAACAUACCUGAGUGUGAACGCGAAUUGGUUGCUGCGAACCUCCACUGGCGAAGAAGGUUGGACUUGGCAGAGGCUGGCAGACAAGGAGAAGUUAGGAUGGCAACUCGAGGGUGACUCAGUUAUUAUCCGGAAGCCUAGGGCGAAAACCUGA